AUAUAGUCCACCGGGUUAUCUAAAAUCCAAAAAAAGCCAUCUAAAAAUCCGGAUAAAUUCGAUGAUUAUCCCGGUUCCCUUUAUAACCGGUUUUAUUAAGGUCGGAUAAGAAUUCCGGGUUUUGUACGCAUCAUGGAUAUUCUAACGGGACAAUAAAGUUAAAGCCCACUUCACUUUCUGGUUGUAGCUUCUAGGGCACGGCUAAACAGUGUAAGGCUGUAAAAUUUUCAAAUCGAGCAUCUGGAUCUACCAAUCUCUUUUCUUGUCGAUCUCCUGACCCGUUCUUGUCAUCUCUCAGGUAUUCUACUACAGUUUAGUUGCCGAGGUUGAACCAUGCGAAGAUAUAGUCCACCAUAUCACAGUCCUCCACGGAGAGAUAGAGGACACGGAGGUCGACCAAGAAGCCCUCCCCGAAGGGCAUAUGGUGGUGAGCGAGGAAGGCACAAGGAUCAGAAUCAUGGCAGUCUUUUGGUUCGUAAUAUUCCAUUAAAUUGCAGGCCAGAAGAGCUUCGUGUCCCCUUUGAAAGGUUUGGAGUCGUCAGAGAUGUCUAUCUCCCAAAGAACUAUUACACUGGGGAGCCACGUGGAUUUGCAUUUGUGCAAUUUGUGGAUGCUUAUGAAGCUGGAGAGGCCCAAUACCAUAUGAAUGGACGAAUGUUUGCUGGUAGAGAGAUUUCUGUUGUUCUUGCUUCUGAAUCAAGAAAAAGACCCGAGGAAAUGCGCCGAAGAACUAGGCCUAGGGAAUCUUCGGGGUAUGAAGGAAGGCGAUCUCAUCAUGGAGGGCGAUCUCGGUCACGUUCGCGGUCCCCACGACGUCCUUCAGGUUCUAGAAGCCGUCAAAGGUCAAGGUCCUACUCGCCUGCUCCGAAAAGACGAGGUGGCGACUACUCUGAAUCACCGCCACCUGUAAGAAGAGAGCCUCAGGUUGAUGAUGAUCGUGGCCGUAGAUCUUAUUCUCCAGGCUAUGAUGCAGCUGCUAAUGAUCAUAAUGUUGAUAGGAGGUCACCAUACAAGUCAUCUGGGAGAGCAGCAAGGUCGCCAUCUGGAUCUAGGUCUAGGUCUAGGUCUAGAUCUAGAUCUGGUGAUGACAUGUCACCACCACCCCGGACCUGAAGAGUGGAGACCCCUCGUGUUAUGUUAUGGGGGUAUGUUUGGUAUUUGUACAUGUAUGCUUCAUAUUUGCUUACUAAGCUGAGAACAACACUUGAAAAACUUGUUGUGUAUUAUUUCUACACUCUGUUGUAUUUCAUGGAUUGUGAAUGCUUGAAAUCUAUGUAUUGUUUAUUACUUGUUAUUUUGCUUGAUUAAUCAUGUAAGCUGAGUUUCUUAGCUUAUCCUAAUUUUCAUUUAUAUUGUGUUUGUUGAUUUGUAUGAAGCGUAAUACACUGCUAUGAAAUCCUGUUUUUUUCUUAAUUGAUGUAUGGAAUACUCAGGUGUUUGACAAGAG